AAAACAGCUGUCAUCAGGUUAAACUCAAUUAAACUCUUAAAAGACACAGUACAAAGUUUAUUUUAAUAAAUACCAUGCAGUAAUAUAGAUAAAAAUUCAUUUUUCGAUGCAGAUAAGGUCAUUCUGAUAAAAGUGCGAAAAGCUAUAAAUAUUUUUUAAACACACUGACUACCAAAAAAAACCUAAAAAAGUAAUGUUACUACCACGAACAGUACUGUUAAAUUUGCGGAGAAAGUUCAGUGAUUCGAGUGGUCAGUUGACAGUGGCAUCGCUGUGCAAUGAGGAAAAUCAGAUAAAAUGUUUGGAAAAUAUGAUAUCUGCAUCGAAAAAAACGACAAUAAAACUGCAUCCGUCAACAAAAUUAGCUUCGGUGCUGAUUCCAAUUGUGAAUUGCGAUAAACCACACGAUGAACCCUCAUUACUGUACACAUUGCGGUCACAUAAAAUGCGAAAACACGUAAACCAAGUGUCAUUUCCAGGUGGCAUUUUGGAAGAACACGAUCAAUCCCAUAUCGACUGUGCAUUGCGAGAAACAGAAGAAGAAAUCGGAAUUAAGCGUGACCAAGUAUUUGUAUGGGGCGAAACGCAUUUGGUGCAUUUACGAAAUGCUCCAGCAAUAAUGCCAGUUAUUGGAAUGGUGAAUAAUUAUAAUAGUGACCAAUUGAAAUUAAAUGAACAGGAGGUGGACAAAGUGUUUACGGUGCCAAUAUCCGUUUUGAUGGCACAAAAACGACACACACAAUUUCGUCUGGUUCCGCGGAAUGUUCGCAAUAUCAGCGAUAUUACAACAAUAUCAGCCGCAUAUAGCAUACCGGUAUUUACAAUUAGCGAAAAAUCGAGUUCGGAAGAAUCACUGCCAAGAAUCUGGGGGAUCACAGCGAUAUUAACUCAUCUAUUUUUGCAAUCACUUUUACCCGCACAAAUAUACGACAGACAAAUUCCAUUUAUAAAAAAAUACAAAUGAACAAUGUAAUGUGAAUACAUAUUUUCGACGUUAAAUUAAUUAAUUGAAGAAGAAGAAAAAAUGCACAAAAUAGUUUAAAUGAAUUUUGUAGUAAAAUAGUUUUAAUGAGAUUUAUCAAAUGUUAAAAAUGUUUACCUUUCCAAAUCGACCUCUUUUUGAUAACAUGUUAUUUGUUUAUAAAUUUUUUCAUGGGAGAUUUUGCUGUGACUCUAUUUAUAAAAUAGUUCAGUUGAAAUAAAACACACGAUACGCGUUCUGAAGCUUCUAUGUUUUAUUUUAUUUUCCAAAUGUUUAAAUAACGAAUUAAACGAA